AUGUUAAUCGAGAAAGGCAAACUAUUGACCGCAGCCAAGGUUUUCAACUCAACCGGUGGCAUUCGGACAAUAUAUACGGAUGUCGUGAUCAUUCAUGAACAUAUGACCCCAGAUGAGCUAAGGAACGUCUUCCACGUGGAUCAUCAUAGCCUGGUCCCAAAUUACCACCUCGUUCAUCUAACCCAUCAUCUCGAACGGCGGAAUAUAGCCACAUCUCAAUCGCACCAAAACUCCUUUAGUUCAGGGAAGACUCCACACGAGAAGACCAAAUCGAAACCUGAACCACCAUCCUUAUUAAACGAUGAAAUGUUCGCUAAAGCUGAUAAGUACAAAGAUGCUAUCAUCGGCGAUUUAAAUAGUACCAUCAGUGUAAAAUUUAAUGAAACUUCGACUGAGGUCGAUGACCUUGGCAGGGAUGUUCAUAAUAUAGAUCUGGAGGCUUUCGGGAGACAGCUGAAAUUAGUCUUGAAGAAGCAAGAGGGACUGCUGAAGAAGGAUGGAUUGAGGAUGUGGAAGGUCCUCACUAACGAGUCCCAACCUCAUGGAGUCGAUUAUGAAGAAAUGAAAUCGGAUGAUGAAGAGGAAAUUGGUGAUCUGUAUCAUGAUGAUGAAAAUGGCGCCGCCUUAUUGAUUAGGAAACAUCCAAAACACGGGAGACUAGUUGUGGAAGGAUCAAUUGGUCAUGAUCUAGUUAUUCGACCGAUACCGGACUCAAUGACAACAGCUCAAGAUGACGAGAUGUUUAUGGAUCCCACAAGCAUGGAAGACAUGGUCUCCAUAGACACUGGACUGCCGUUGGUUAAGAGGCGAAAAGCGGAACAGGAACGACUACGUCAGGCUCUUCAAGGAGCUGGUCAUGUUAUAAUAAAAAGGGACCCCGCGCAAGGGGACCAUUUAGGGGACUAUGCCUUCAUGGAACCAGACCACAUCGGAAAGCGGUACAGACGGAAACGCUCAAUGGAAACCCACAGCAGGAAGAAGAGAGAGGCUCCUUAUGUAAUCUAUCCCGAGAUUCUUGUGAUCGUUGAUUACGACGGCUACAGGUUACACGGCGGCGACAAUUUACAGAUAAAGCGUUAUUUCGUGUCGUUUUGGAACGGCGUUGACCUCAGAUAUAAACUCCUCAAAGGUCCGAGGAUAAGGAUAUCAAUUGCUGGCAUUAUAAUUUCGAGGGGACGCGAUGCGACUCCUUAUUUGGAAAGAAAUCGUGUGGGUCGGGACGCUAUAGACUCGGCCGCCGCUCUAACUGACAUGGGCAAGUAUCUGUUCAGGGAGAGGAGACUGCCAGUCUACGACAUCGCUGUUGCUAUUACCAAACUAGACAUGUGCAGGCGGCAAUAUGCAAACGAUGCGUGCAAUAGAGGGACAGCAGGAUUUGCAUACGUCGGCGGCGCUUGCGUCGUGAAUAAACGCUUGGAAAAAGUUAACUCGGUCGCCAUUAUUGAAGAUACCGGCGGUUUCUCCGGCAUUAUUGUGGCUGCUCACGAAGUUGGACAUUUGCUAGGAGCUGUUCACGAUGGCAGUCCACCGCCUUCAUACCUCGGUGGUCCGGGCGCGGAGAAGUGUAGGUGGGAAGACGGGUUCAUCAUGUCUGAUUUGAGACACACGGAAAAGGGAUUUAGGUGGUCACCGUGCAGUGUACAAAGUUUCCAUCACUUCCUAAACGGCGACACAGCAACCUGUCUCUAUAAUUCUCCUCAUGAGGACGAUUCCCUCCCGCGGGUGCUCCCUGGAAGAUUACUCACACUUGACGCUCAGUGCAGAAAAGACAGAGGAACUAGCGCGUGCUUUAAGGACGAGCGCGUGUGUGCGCAACUUUUCUGCUUCGACGCAGCAAGCGGAUACUGUGUUGCGUACAGACCAGCUGCCGAGGGUUCGCCGUGUGGGGAUGGACAGUACUGCAUCAACGGCCGGUGUAUUACGGAACAUGAGAACAUUAUACCAGACUACUCUCAACACACUCCGAGCUACGUGAGACCAGAGACAAGUCCGUUCUACGGAAACAUCACGAGUACUGAAGCGACCACACAGCCAUACGUUAGCACGACAGCACCAGAAUACAAACAAAACUAUUACAAUUUUUACCAAAAGAAAAGCACUGAAUUUACCUCAACGACAGCUUCUACAACUACCUCCACUACAACAACGACGAUCCAGACUCCUAAUGUAACAACAACAACAGAAAACGUAAAACACAACAGCACAACAAAACAGGCAGAAGACAUACAAGUGACGGAAAAAUCUACAAUCAGUACAUACCCACCAUUCAAAUACUCAAUAACAUCAACGAAAAGUCCCUACGACUUCAAGGAUUAUAUCACAAAAACAACCAAACCCGAACCGAAGCGAGGUUUCUUUGGCAAAGAAGAUUUAGAUAGUUUCUUCGGGCGUGGGACAACGAAAAGUCCUUUCUCGAACAAAGGAAUCAAAUCGGUAUUCAAAAUAGGAACAUAUUAUUCACAAGCGAAAUCAUCAGACAAUUCUAUAAGGCCAGAUGCUAACUCACAACAAGUUCAAAUUGAACCAGCGAGACUCGUCUUCUCUUACCGACGGAAUCUGACCUCGGGAGAGCUCAUACGAACAUAG